UAUGAUCUGGUCCCCUAUCGUUCUCCCCCUCUCCUGUUCGUUACCCCCAACCACCGCAGCCUCACCAUAAUACAAUCCUCCGCCGUCGGAAACCACCGCCGGAACUCCAACACCGUACCUCCGUCACAUCCUCCGCCAAUGCACUUCUAACAACCCUAACUUCCACAAAACAAUGUUAAUGACCACCACCGAUACAUGCACCGAUCCGAUCGUAUUCCUCCACGGAGAUCUCGAAGUUACGAUCGCCGAAGCUCAAUGCCUACCAAACAUGGACAUAUUAACGCAACGCGUUCGCCGUUGCUUAAACGCAUUCGACCCUAGCAAACCGCCGGAACGGAUUAUGCGAAAAGCCACACCACGGCGGCGUAAAUUCGUCACGUGUAAUCCGUACGCCACCGUCUGUCUCGCCGGAGCUACCGUCGCACGAACUCGCGUUAUACCUAACUCACAGGAUCCGGUUUGGGACGAGCAUUUUGUUGCUCCGGUUGCGCAUCCGGUUUCGCAGGUGGAGAUUCAGGUGAAGGAUAAUGACGUAUUCGGUGCGGAAUUGGUUGGUGUUGCGUCAAUCUCUGCCGCGAGGAUAAUCUCUGGCGAGGUUAUUGAUGAUUGGUUCUCGAUUAUCGGUCCGUUUGGUAAACCUCCUAAACCAAAUUGUGCGAUUAGGCUACAGAUUCAGUUUACAUCUUGUGAUGAUAUGAAUGGGAAAUUUAUUGAAAACGAGGAGUCGUUUUGUUUGAGAGAUAGUUAUUUUCCGGUGAGGAGUGGGGGGAAUGUGACUCUGUAUCAAGAUGCACAUGUGGUGAAUGGGGAGUUGCCGGAGAUUGAAUUGGACGGUGGAGAUGAAGGGAAAGAUGGAGAGUGUAGUUUUUAUAAGCAAAGGGGGUGUUGGGAAGAUAUGUGUCAUGCUAUAUUGGAAGCACAUCAUUUGGUGUAUGUUACUGGAUGGUCCGUUUAUGAUAAGAUAAAGCUGGUUAGAGAGCCUAACAGGCCAUUGCCAAAAGGGGGAGAUUUGACUCUUGGUGAAUUGUUGAAGUAUAAGUCAGAAGAAGGGGUUCGGGUUUUGUUGCUUGUUUGGGAUGAUAAGACUUCACAUCAUAAGUUCUUCAUCAAAACGGAUGGAGUGAUGCAAACUCAUGAUGAGGACACUCGGAGGUUUUUCAAGCACUCGUCUGUACAUUGUGUGCUGUGUCCCCGGUAUGCAAGCACAAAGCUUAGCAUUAUAAAGCAACAGGUUGUUGGGACCCUAUACACGCAUCAUCAGAAAUGUGUUAUAGUGGAUACAGAAUCCCAGGGAAAAUACAGGAAGAUAUCUGCUUUUAUUGGAGGUUUGGAUCUCUGUGAUGGACGCUAUGACACACCAGAACACCGUUUAUUUCGUGAUCUCGACACCGUAUUUGAAUCUGAUUUUCACAAUCCCACAUUUUCAUCAGGUACAAGUGCUCCAAGACAACCAUGGCAUGAUUUACACUGCAAAAUUGAUGGUCCAGCUGCAUACGAUGUUCUAACAAACUUUGAACAAAGAUGGAGAAAAGCUACAAGAUGGUCAGAACUUGGACGGCGGUUUAAAAGAAUGUAUCAUUGGCAUGAAGACGCAUUGCUCAAGAUAGAACGCAUUUCGUUGAUGCUUAAUCCUUUGUCUCAUGUUCCAGAUGAUGAUCGGUCACGAUGGGUUACAAACGAGGACGACCCUGAAAACUGGCAUGUUCAGAUUUUCCGCUCAAUUGAUUCUGGUUCUUUGAGAGGAUUCCCAAAAGAUGUUCGAGAAGUUGAAAGUCAGAAUCUUGUCUGUGCAAAAUAUCUUGUGGUUGAUAGGAGCAUUCAGAAAGCAUAUAUUCAAGCCAUAAGAUCCGCCGAGAAUUUCAUUUAUAUUGAAAAUCAGUAUUUUCUUGGCUCAUCGUAUGCAUGGCCUUCCUAUAAAAAUACAGGCGCUGAUCAUUUAAUCCCGAUGGAGAUUGCAUUGAAGAUUGCUAGUAAGAUAAGGGAAAAUGAAAGGUUUUCGGUUUAUAUUGUCAUUCCAAUGUGGCCUGAAGGUUAUCCCAACUCUGCUCCUGUUCAAGAAAUUUUGUUUUGGCAGGGGCAAACUAUGCAAAUGAUGUAUGAUAUUAUUGCUAAAGAGUUAAAGGCUUCAGAACUUACGCACUCACACCCACAAGAUUACUUAAAUUUCUACUGCCUUGGUAAUCGUGAACCAUGCAAUGAAGAAGACGAAUCAACUUCAGGUUCCCGCUCUUCAAGAGGUGGUUCGGUUUCAUCUUCUUACAAACAUGGAAGGUUCAUGAUAUACGUACAUGCUAAAGGAAUGAUUGUAGAUGACGAAUAUGUCAUUCUGGGAUCCGCUAACAUCAACCAAAGAUCAAUGGCUGGUUCAAGAGAUACAGAAAUAGCUAUGGGAGCUUAUCAGCCGUAUCACACUUGGGCUCAGAAGAAACAUCAACCCCGUGGUCAAGUAUACGGGUACAGGAUGUCACUAUGGGCCGAACACACAGGAACAAUAGAAGAUUACUUCAAGGAGCCAGAAAGUUUAACAUGUGUGCAAAACAUAAACAACUUGGCAGAAACUAACUGGAGAAAUUUCACCUCAGAUGAGUUCACUCUCUUACAAGGCCAUCUUCUUAAAUACCCGAUCAAAGUCGAUGAAGACGGAAAAGUAAGCGCUUUGCCUGACCAUGAAUAUUUCCCAGAUGUAGGAGGUAAAGUUCUUGGUUCUCUAUCCAACCUCCCUAGUGCGUUGACCACAUAACACUAUGUUUGACUUUCACAACCGACAAGUGUCGGUUGUGUUUAUAUAAUAUGUAUAUAUCCUUCAUAUUAGGAUGAUAUAGAUUAGCGAAACAUUAUGUUUUCUUAGGUGAAUUACUUUCUAAAACAUUAGGAAUUCAGGUUGUAGAUAUUAUGUCUUUUUGGAUUCGCGUUGAAUGUGUUUACGCUAUAACGUAUUUUUAUUUGAUCUACGAACAUAAAAACACAGACAUCAUCACA